AUGUUGGGCAAACCGGAAAUGAUCGAAAUGGAGCAGAAGGCUCCGGCCGCUGACGUGGAGAACCAGCUGGCCGUCGCGGAGAAGCCGGCGGACCAGUGCUUCGUGAAGGAGUGGAUGGCGGAGGGUGAGCACGCGAUGGCCGAGGGAAAAAGCAGCAAGCCUUUGUGGUGCAAGAUCCCCCUGUGGUUCAUCGGGUCGAUCCUGACCCUUGUCGGCUUGGCGGUCUCCCUCGUGUUCCUGGUGGUGUGGGUGCUGCUGAUGCCCAUCAAGUGCUGCAUGCCCGGUGGUUCCAUCGUCAGCAUCCUGGAGUGCCUCAUGAACCAGGGCGUCAAGCUGCCGCUCCGCAUCGCCAAGUGUUUCUUCUAGCACGACUCGAAGAUGAGCCGGGAUGAUGUUGGACACUAAGUACUACUCUUCUAGAAGUAGAGUGCUUAUAAGUACGCGGGGACGAGAAGAG